CUGAUUGGCUGCGAGGCUGUCAGUUGAUCAAAAACAAAUUCGGGGGCUGCGGCAAGAGGAGCGGGGAGCGCUGGAGCGUAGCGAACAGGAGCUUCCCCGAGGGCUAGACCGCCGCCGCCGCGCAGGAAUGAGAUGUUAAUUCUGCAGUGUUGAUGUUUUACAAUGCCUGAUCAAGACAAAAAGGUGAAGAGCACAGAAAAAGGAACAGAUAAAAAACCUCAAGGGAUCACUGCAAGGGAUUACUCUGAUCUUAAAAGACUUCGGUCUCUUUUAAAUGUCCAGUCAAGCAAACAGCAGCUCCCAGCCAUUAAUUUUGAAACUGCUCAAAAUACUAUGACCAAGUCAGAACAAUACACCAACAGGACUAAUGGACAAAGAAGCCGAGGUCAAUGGCAAGAAUCAACUGAAGCUGUUGAGCUUGAAAACUUUAGUAUGAACUACAGGAAUGAGAGACAUUUUAGCAAGCACGCUCAACACAAACAGUUUCAAGAGAUCUUUACAGCUUUGGUUAAGAACAGACUUAUCUGCAGGGAGUGGGUUAAUCGAGCCCCAUCCAUCCAUUUCCUGAGAGUACUAAUCUGUCUGAGAUUAUUAAUGAGGGAUCCAUGCUAUCAGGAAGUGCUCCAUAACCUGGGUGGGAUUGAAAGUCUAGCCCAGUAUAUGGAAACAGUAGCAAAUGGAUAUCUUGGAUAUGGAGAAGAGCAGCAUAAUGUAGACAAAUUGGUCAACAUGACAUAUAUUUUUCAAAAACUCUCUGCUGUUAAAGAUCAAAGAGAAUGGGUUAUAGGCAGUGGAGCACAUAAAACUUUAGUAAAUUUGCUAGGAGCCAGAGACAGUAAUGUGCUGUUGGGAACACUCCUUGCUCUUACUAGCUUAGCAGAAAGCCCAGAAUGUAGGGAGAAGAUCAGUGAGCUAGCCAUUGUAGAACACUUGCUGGUGAUAUUACAUGAAUAUGACUUGCUAUCUAAAAGGCUGACUGCAGAGCUGCUACGACUCCUCUGUGCUGAGUCUCAAGUCAAAGAGCAAGUGAAACUGUAUGAAGGAGUUCCUGUCCUGCUCAGUUUGCUCCAUUCAGAUCAUCUCAAGCUUUUGUGGAGUGUAGUUUGGAUUCUGGUACAGAUUUGUGAAGACCCUGAGACUAGUCUGGAAAUCCGUAUUUGGGGCGGUAUCAAGCAACUCCUUCAUAUAUUACAGGGAGAUAGAAAUUUAGUUUCUGAUCAUUCUUCUCUUGGGAGUUUGUCUAGUGCAAAUGCAGCAGGGAGAAUCCAACAGCUUUGUUUGUCAGAAGAUUUAAGUCCUCAAGAAAUACAAGAAAAUACUUUCUCCCUUCAAGCAGCUUGUUGUGCUGCAAUUACAGAACUAGUGCUCAAUGACACUAAUGCUCACCAGGUAGUACAGGAAAAUGGGGUAUAUACAAUAGCAAAACUGAUUUUACCAAACAAAGAAAGGAAUGCAGUAAAAGCUAAUUUAUUACAGUGUUAUGCUUUCAGAGCCUUGCGGUUUCUCUUCAGUAUGGAAAGAAAUAGACAUCUCUUUAAAAGACUCUUCCCAACUGAUUUGUUUGAGAUCUUCAUUGAUAUUGGACAUUAUGUUCGUAAUAUCAGUGCUUAUGAAGACCUGGUAUCAAAGCUCAAUUCAUUACUGGAGGAAGAACUCAAGCAAAUUGCUGAAAGUAUUGAAAGCAUUAAUCAGAAUAAAGCACCAUCAAAAUACAUAGGCAAUUAUGCGAUUUUAGAUCAUCUUGGCAGUGGAGCUUUUGGAAGUGUUUAUAAGGUUAGAAAACAUAGUGGCCAAAAUCUACUAGCAAUGAAAGAAGUCAAUUUACAUAAUCCAGCAUUUGGAAAGGACAAAAAAGACAGAGACAGCAGUGUAAAGAACAUUGUCUCUGAAUUAACAAUCAUUAAAGAACAGCUUUACCAUCCUAAUGUUGUACGAUAUUACAGAACCUUCCUGGAAAACGACAGGCUGUACAUAGUAAUGGAGCUCAUAGAAGGGGCACCGCUGGGAGAACACUUUCAUUCUUUGAAGGAAAAGCAACAACAGUUUACAGAAGAUAGAAUAUGGAAUAUAUUUAUACAACUGUCUCUAGCUCUUCGUUACUUGCAUAAGGAGAAGAGGAUUGUCCAUAGAGAUCUCACUCCAAACAAUAUCAUGCUGGGGGAUAAAGACAAAGUAACAGUUACUGACUUUGGUCUUGCAAAGCAGAAGCAAGAAAACAGCAAACUCACAUCAGUUGUGGGAACUAUUCUCUACUCCUGUCCUGAAGUUGUAAAGAGUGAACCAUACGGUGAGAAGGCUGAUGUCUGGGCUGCGGGGUGCAUCCUUUAUCAGAUGGCAACUCUGAAGCCACCUUUUUCCAGCACGAACAUGCUCUCCUUGGCAACUAAAAUAGUAGAGGCUAUGUAUGAACCAGUGCCAGAAGGUGUCUACUCUGAAAAAUUGUCAGUUACUAUUAAAAGGUGCUUGACUCCUGAUGCAGAGACUCGUCCAGACAUAGUAGAAGUCAGUUCAAUGAUAUCUGAUGUGAUGAUGAAGUAUUUAGAUGGCUUGUCCACCUCCCAGUUUGCUUUGGAGAAGAAGCUGGAGCGCGAGAGGAGACGUACCCAGAGAUAUUUCAUGGAGGCUAAUAGGAAUGCAGUGACAUGUCACCAGCAACUUGCCAUCUUAUCUCACGAGCAUUCUGAGAAGUCAAGCCUCAGCAGCAGCAGCAGUGGAGCAGCCAGUUUCAAAAGUGAAUUUUCAGAAAGCACUGAUAUUCCAACUGAAAACUUUCAUUCAACAUGUGGAAAAGAUGAAGACAGAACAUGUGAUGAAAUCCUAGCAGAUGACAACUACACUUUAGAAAACUCUGAGAAAGAUAUCUUCUCUGAAUUAGAUGAUGAGCUGGACAUAUCAAAUAAUUCCAGCAGCUCCAGUUCAAGUCCUUUGAAAGAGUCUGCAUUUGGUAUAAUUAAACGAAGUUUCAGUGCUUCUGAAAGACAACCUCAGACAAGAGAUUAUAUUGGAUGCCUAGGAUCAAGACCAAGACCAGCUUUGCUGCCUCUUGAUGUGCUUCUGAGAGUACCUACGCUCAUGUUCAGGGCCAACGUUAAGAAAAUAGAGGCAUCGUUAGUGACAGGGUGGCAGUCUUAUAGCCUUCCAGCUGUGGUUCUUCGCAACCUAAAAGAUCAUGCAUUAUCAUCUGCAGCAUCUGCAGGAAUUGCUGUGUCACAAAGGAAGGUUCGCCAGAUCAGUGACCCUAUUCAGCAGAUUCUAAUUCAGCUGCACAAAAUAAUCUACAUCACUCAGCUUCCUCCAGCUUUGCAUUGCCAUUUGAAAAGAAGAGUUAUUGAGAGAUUCAAGAAAUCUCUCUUCAGCCAACAGAGCAAUCCUUGUAAUUUAAAACUGGAAGUUAAAAAGCUGCUUCAGGGUUCUCCUGAACUGAUUGAGCCCAACUUUUUUAUAGCAGAUUGCCAUUUGUUACUUCACUCCUCAGGGGGAAAUAUAUUGGCCCCAGAUGAUGGAACAAGCUUUCCUGGUAGUUUUGACAUGGAGGAAGGAAUGACAUAUGAACAGAUGCAGUCUGUGAUUGAAGAGGUUCUGGAGGAAAGUGGUUAUUACAAUUUCACUUCUAACAGGUACCACUACUAUCCGUGGGGAACAAAGAACCAUCCAACCAAAAGAUGAGAACCUGCAAAUCUGAACAGACUGGGGUUUUUUCUGAUGAAGUCAACUGCCCUUACUUCAGCUAAUAUUGUGUGAUCACCAAAGGGAUAAUAAGCUUUGCUCAAAAUAUAUUGAUGGGAAGGGAUUCCAAUGCUGAAACAAAUGGAUGUCCACUUUCAAAAGACCUCACAACUGAUGAACUUCAGUAUGAUACUUUUGUGGCAACUCUGUUUUACAGCAUAAACUUCUUGCACUAUAUGGGGGGAGUUCUGUACAUACUAUUUGGGAAAAUGCUUCAAAGUUUGUGCAUUAGGAGAAAAACAUAAUUUCUGACAAUGAGUGAAUAUGUUCUAUUUUUUUAUUUUAUUUUUUUAAAGAAUUGUUGAAUACUCAGGUUUGCUGGAACUAUAUUUUAAGGCUCAUAGCCAGGCUAUUUUUUAUAGCAAGAGAAAGAAAUCAAAAAGGGCACCAGGCAGGAAAUAUUUUUAGGUUCACUGCACCAGAAUUAGAAAUUGAUUCAACUAUUAAAUAUUUAAAUGUAGCCAUUUGGAUAGUAGCAAUUUCGAAUGCUGGUAUAGCACAUUAAUAGUCAGUAUUUACAACUUGCACAGCUUCUGAGAAUUGUUGUUUUUUAAAUUGCAACUUUGAAUACAAUAUUAGAAUGUGGGUGUAUAUAUGUACAUGUUUUGUGUGUGUGUGUGAAUAUAUACCAUAUAUAGAUAGAUAGAUAGAUAGAUAGAUAUAGACAUGCAUAUAUUGUAUAGAUAAUAUAUGUAAAAUAUGUAUACAGUGUAAUAUACACACACAUUUACUGUUUAAGAGAAAAUAAAUAAGUAAAUGAAACCAAUGCUUUGCUGCUAAUCAAAUUUGUAGUACUUAGUGCACUUUGAGGAUCUCUCUCUAUUUGUACGUUAUAUGUUAAAUAGAGAUGCAGAGUCUCUCAACUCAAGAUUACUGAAGCUAUUAUUUUCAUCUUUAGAGUUUUGACUAAGUAUGAGAGCCAUUCUCUACAGUCUGAUUAUACUAUAUCUAACAAAACUACUGUAAAAAUCAGAAUACAUAUGGUGACAUAUACCUAGACUGUUGAAACUUAUUUAUUUCAUGCUUAUCAUAUAGUUACUUGUGACUGAUUGGAUGCAUAAGUGUGUCUUAUUUACUGUGAAUACACUGGCAAAGUAUUUCUGCUAUAGUUUGCUUGAAACAUAUGUAAAUAACUAGACAUUAUUUCUUAACAAUGUACAGAAUAUUAUUUCCCCUAUCAUUUGGAAUUUCACUAACCCAGAUUCUAAACUGGUGAAAGUUAGCAGCAGUGGGCCUAACUGACGGUGAGGGUACAAAAGGCAUGCACCCCCUUCCAAGACACCUUAAGUGGAGAGGUUUGAGGUGAUGUAAAAUGCACAGAAAUUCAGACAUUGAGUGAGUGAGAAGGAGGAAUACAAAGCCAAAAUGGGCAUGUUUAAAUCACAAGGAGGCAUGCUGUUUAGAACAUGGGUUUAUCCUUAUGAUGUGAUGACCCAUCCAGGAAACAAGCAUUUGACAGCCCAGUCUAACAUAAAACAUUUCCCCCAACAAGUCGAAAUGUAGUGCAGAAGGCCACCACACCCGAUUUUGGCAUCUGGGUAAUGACAGACUCAUAGCAGCCAAGAUCCAUUGAGGAGCUGCUUUGGAAAGCAAACAAGACUCUUACAUGCCAUCUUAUGGAAAAUAUUAUCAACAAGAACAUCAGAGAUGAAUACAUCUGCAUUAGAAAGAUAGGAUUAGAAAAGAGAUUGUAUUUUGUUUUCUAACAUACAAUUUUCACACAUAAUUGUCACCUAUGCAUAUCCCCCUAAUAUCUACUGUCUAUUGUUUUUCUGCUUUCCUAGUACCUAAGUGAUAUAGUUAAUAUCAAUCCAUUUUUAGAUACAUCUGUUACAACUUCAAGGAGAGGCAUACCUAUUGGUUUUCCUCUCACCUGUUAAAAAUUGACCGUCUUGCUGUGCAAUUCUCUAACAUCUUGUUAUCAUCACCGCUGGUUGCACCUUACUGGAUGCAUAAUCCUUGCCCUGAUUUAUAACCUUCCUGGGUGUCAUUUUAUCUCACAACUCCUAAAAUACCAUGUAUGUUAAAGCCAUAGAAUAAGUCCCCAUAUAUGUUAUCACUGAACUAAAAGGUGUAAUCUGUCAUGCUGUAUGAAAUAUAUAUCUCCUUAAAAUGUAAAUGCACAUUUUUGAAAAUGUAAAUACAGGUGACCUGGAAUUAAUAUUCAUUCAUUCAUUCAUUAAUAUAGCAUUCACAUCAUCUCUGGAACAUGAAGCAAGCAUGGUAUCUCCCUAUAUUUAAAAUAGCAGAUACCACAAUCAUUGGAAAAUGUUGAGUAUUUAAUGGCUCCUGCUGUACAUAUUUGAAAACCAAACCAAACCCUGUUAUGUUUUGCAAUUAGAAGACUAUCAAAAUGCUUCCUCAACUAAGGUACCUGUUCCUCCAAAGAGUGCCACUGAAUGGUUACAAUUUACAAAGUGAUAUGAAUAUUAGAACAGUUGCCUUGCAAAUACAUCAUAAUUAGCAAUGGCUGAUGUAUUAUUUACAAUGCAAUCACGAAAAGUUAGCCCAACUUGUGGUUAAAUAUUAAUGUGAUUUUGAUAGUCACAGUGAACAUCUUUCUUAGUACUGGAGAAAGGCAACAAGGUGUGGUUAAUAUCUGAGGUGUUAUAAAGUAAGCCUGUACUGUAUGUAACAAGAAAAUCAGAAUUUCUAUGACAUAUUGCAUGCGUUUCAUAGACAAAAGACCUCAUUAAAACUAAGUCUUGAUAUAUCGGCCCCACUCAAACUGAAUACACAUUUCCACAAUUAUUUUUUUUCAAAAUAGCAUAAAAUUAUCCUUACUUACAUAGUGGGUAUAAGUCAAAAAUGUCUAUUUACAAUGUUCUUCCUCCCCAUGUAUUUUUUAAUAAUUAAUUGUCAGACCGGAGUAAAUGGAAACGGGGCACUGCAUCAAUCACAGAUUGAACCUUAUUUUCAGGCAUGUAUUAAAGUGAUGAGAUUUGUGUUUAGGCUGGGUUUGUGUGAUAUUACUAAGUGUCUAUUGAUGCUUGAUGGCAUAGUUUUCAUUGGAAAACAGACUGUAGUUAGUGACUCUUGCGUUUAUCCAUAAUAAAUUUGUAGCACUAUCAAUAAUGGGAUAAAUAUUGUGUGGGCCAAAUAAUGGGCCCAAAGCACGGAAAGAUGGUGUUUCAACUGUGCUUGGUUGUGGCAGGCAGUGCAGAGCAGACUUAGGGGAACUCUCCAGCAGCUGUCAGUGGAAUUCAGAAUUAGGAAGUGAGCCUGGCUGGGGCAUUGGCAGUACGCAUGAGUACAACAUGGCUUCACUAGGCUAAAAGUCCAUGCUAGGGAAUUAGCGAGCCUCAUCUGGUACUCUCCCUGUGUUCUGCAAGAAGAGCUGGAACUCUCCAGCAUGCUGGUUAUAGGAGUUUAGAGUUGAGGAUACAAUUUCUGAUUCCCUGCCCCUUCCCCCACCUUUACGCAGUUGUCGUACUUACAGUUGCCAUUAAAAACUGGACAUUUCCCACUGUGGGGUUGCCCAUUCUAAGAGCAGACAAUACGAUAAAAUUCUUGUUAUAUGCUAUGAUGAGGGAAAUAACAAUUUUGCAAGUGCACCUAGUUUGUGUGCCAUUUCCCAAAUGCUGGCCCUAUGUGACUACGUAUGACGAGGGCCAUCCACAGCAUCAAGAAUAAUCAAUAUUGAACAUGGAAUUGUUUUUAUUUUCAACAGUGUUAAAUAUGAAUCAAAUAUUCUGUUUGGUUGACUUACACGUAUUUUAUUUUUUAAAUGCUGGUAUAUUGCUUGUCUGUGUCUUUGGUGAGAGAUUGUCACUGGUUCACUGAUCUGAGCUGUAGGCUAUUUGUCUGUGGUUUUUUUUAACCUAAUUUCCUGUGGGAAUUUUUUGCCUCUUGUACACUCUAUAGGAAGGCAGUCCCACUGCUCUGAUGGUCCAUUGUUUUGUGGGAUUUCAGGGAAAAAACAACACAAAACACUUUUCCAAAGCUAUCUUAUAUUGUACUUGGCUGCUCUUACAAAAUUGCAUGCAAAUUAUAAUUUAUUUUCUUCUGGAUUGUUAGUGCAAUUUUUUUUUAAAAGGGAUACCUCUGUAAGCAAAUAUAAUUUGAUGAAAGUAAAUAUGCAUAUUACUGACUAUUGGUAUAUUUUAUCUUUCAAAUGAAUUGCUGUUACAGAGUAUGUCUAUUCUUUUAUAGUCGUUUUCGUAUGAGUUUGAAUUUGCAAAUGUCCCAUAGGCAACAUUCUGUGAUAGAGAAUUUCUGUCCAUCAUUAGAGUUAAAUUACCUAUUGUAGGUCUGAUUGCUGUAGUUGUCUUCAAUAUUGUCUUCAGAGAGCUACAAGUAAGUUUUGAAACCAAAUCCUUCCCACUUCCAAAUGGCUUAUAGGCCUUCCAAAUAGUACACCCUGGACACAUACAGAUUAUAAAUUGUAGAUUAUCCAUGCAUUUGUAAUACUGUAGCUUCUGUGUUUAGACUUGUAAAUGUAAAAUGAGGUGCAAUUAACUACAACAAUGUA